AUGCAUGAACUACGUUCUUUAGUACAGCAGUACAGCGGUGUUAUCCAGAGAUAUUAUACUCAGUAUGUUCAUGGUUAUGAUGCACUUAUGUUAACAGAGAUUGUACAGACCUUGGAGGGUUUGACAGAUGACCAAUCAACAUUGCUUUCUGAUUUUUGUUCUGAUGUAACACGCAUAAACGAAGCUAAACUCGAUUUGCGUGGUCUUCGCCUCGAUUGGUUUAGGUUUCAGGCAUAUGUAAGUGUAAAUCGAUCUCCUUUUUCUCUUGCAGACAAUCGAAAAUUUGCAGCGACCAUGAAUACUACUGUAUUCCAUCUUAAAAUGAUUGAUUUGUUGGAAGAUAUGUUGAGGGAGACGUCAGAUCUCUCAGUAUACUGUUUUUAUUAUCAUCAGCUAGAAAAGCAACUGAAGUUAUGCCUUCUCUAUCCUUCUCAGGCGCGUUAUUCAAUUGCUUUUGGUCAUAUUUGCUCACAUUUUAACUCUUCCAUACAUGAUUUGUGUCCUGAAGAGAGGGAUUUUAUUAAGGAAAAGAGUCUUUCUUUAUGCAAUAUGGUCCUAGAUCAACUAGCGCUGGAAACUUCAAAUAUCGUGGCUCAAAUUUGCGAAUACGAGGUCCAACUGAGUGAAAGUUUGUCGCCAGUUAGCUGCGCAAAAAACAUAGAGGAAGAUUUCAAACGAAAAAAUUCAAAGGCACCAGUUCGGAAUCAUGUAAUGCCAGGAGAUGAAAGCGUUCGCGUUUGUCGAGACACUCUUACUGUAGCAGAUCGUCUACAGACGUCUCUCUUUGAGUUAUGUUCUGCAAUUGCUGCGUCACGAGAGAUUGAUGUCUCCGGACACAGUUUUGUUCCUCGAGAGUAUUUUUCGCGACAGUUAGAACAGCAGAUGACUACCAGCAUAAGGACACUGAUCGCGUCCAAUGAGAUACCUAAACGUCCUUCGGAACUUCUUGCACAGAUUCAUGCUCAUAUGGCUGUUCUUCAGAACAUUGAUACAGCAGUAACUGUUGAUAUUACUCGGCUGUUUAACAAUGUGCUGCUGCAGCAAACUCAACCUGUGGACUGCUAUUCAAAGGAAACAAUCACAUCAACAUAUACUAAAUGGUCACCUAGUAUGAAACAAUUAAGGCAUUUAAGGUACCUCGAAGUUUUACUGCGGCGGAUGAGUCUCAAUUAUAUCCUAUUCUCGCCACAUUUAGCUUCGCUCGUUCCAAAUAUGGAAUAUCAGCAACCGUUUAGCCCUGAACAGUAUACUGAUGCAAGAGAGUUGCGUGCGCUAGCACAGCUAUUAGGUCCGUAUGGAAUUAAAUUUAUGAGUGAAAGGCUUGUGUGGCAUGUCGCAUGUCAGAUCACUGAGUUGAAUAAGAUUGUUAAUGAGCAUCGAGAUACACUUCGAAAAGCUAGGAGUAAUUUUGAUAAACCGGAGAAGAUGCGAGAGCUGCUUUUACUGCUGAGCGGUGAUAUCACUGACAGAAAAACUCAAAGCAUUAGUGCGGGUCCUAUGGAGUCGGUUCUUCAGCGUAUCACAAUUAUUGGGGAAAUUCUUGCGUUUAGGGAGUUGCUGCAUAAGGCUGUCCACGAUGUGCUAGAAACUCGUUUGCCCUUCCUCCUCUCAUCUGUUCAUAAUUUGCAUGAAAGUUGCGGCGACCACGACAAGCUUGUUAUCUCUGAAAUGUGUGCAGCCGUAGGAGUGGAGACUGAAGUUGACGUUGCGUUGGUAAAUGCCAUUAGAGCACAGUCUCAGCAGUCCCAGUCUCCCGAUGACCCGUACUUGGUUUCUUGUUUGUUAUUUGUAUUUAUUGCCCUAUCAUUACCUCGUCUUGCUCUCAAUAAUUCAAGCCUUUUUAAAGCAUCAUUAUGCGCAUCACAGAACAAUUCGCAGUGUAUUGCUAUAGCUGUUUCAUCAUUGGCGAAUGCGCUUUUUUAUUUACACGGGAGGAGAGAUGUUGUAGAACGAUUGAAAGAAUUUUUAGCUCUGGCUUCUAGUGGUUUGCUUCGCCUGUCAAGUGAAGAAGCAAGCAAUACGGAAAUUCUUAACAGUAGACAUUCUGUUUAUAUUAUUUUAGAUCAAUUAGUCAACCGGUGUUCAUACUUGACUUUUGACCUCCUGGAAUCAUGUUUGCCUUACAAUCUCAUUCGUUCCUCAUAUCAAUACUGUUACCGUACUGAGAUGGAAAAGUGA